UCAGCAAAACAGGAACUGAAAGUUUCACUGUAGUGUCUGUAUCUGGCAUUUGUAAAUACGUACAUAAACGCGUCAUUUUGUAUGGAUUAAAUUUGAUGUAAUUAUUUAGCUUUUCUUGUAUUUAAUUUCCGGAAUUGGUUUUAAAAAAAACUGACAAUGCGUUAACCAUAAAAGAUUACUUACUUGACAAUUAAAUUUUCCUUGUAAUCACUAUGUUGUGAUGGUUGACCGGAGACAAGAUGGAGGAUUUGUGAAGUUUAAAAUUUCAAAGAUGUGAAAUUCAAGCUAGGUGGUCUGUGCAGCUCGAAACUCGAGCAGGAGUCCAGUCUCAUUCUGCUCUGGCAUCAUUUCGAUGCUAGCUGAGCGUCCGAGUGGCCUCCACCCUGUGCUGCGGCUGGGACACCCACCUGCCAUCACAGCAGGUGGUGAAAAUCCUGAAGAAGAACCUCCACCACCACCUCAGAGGACAGUUUCUUCUCCAACUGGUGUGCCUUCUCCAAUUUCUGCUCCACCACCUGCUCCUUUUCGCAGGCCUCCAUGCUUGCAGUCUCGUUCUAGUUUAAGCGUUUCUAGAGCCGAAUACAUAUUGAACUCAUCUGAUCCACUAGUCAUUAAAUGGGACAUUAAAGAAGAGAUAUCUGCUACUGAUUGGAUCGGACUUUAUAAAACAGACGAAGCAGAUCCAUCUCGAUAUAUUGAAUGUAAAAAUAGAUGGCCAACGUCUACUUCAAAAGGCCAAAUUUUAUGGACUAUAGAAAAUUGUGAUUCUUUUACUGAAGAUGUAACUAAUGUAUGCUUUAAGUAUUAUCAUGGAAAUUCCGGCAUAUUACGAGCUGUCAGUCCCUUGGUUGCUGUUAGAAGGCUUCUGGCCUCCUGUGGGCUUCAAAAUAGCCUUGGGGCUGAUGAAGUGUUGGUGGGAUAUUCCUCUCAACAAUAUCCUGUAGAGAUGGUGAAGUUUACUUUAUCCAAUCUCUAUGCUAAAAACUUAAAAAAGGGGAUGUUUUUUAAUCCUGACCCAUAUGUGAAAAUAACUAUUCAUCCUGGUAAAGGUGAAGGUGUCUUCUUAUUACCUCAUCAUGGACAAGUUUGUCGAACUGGCAUUGCAGAAGCAACAACCCAGCCAUGUUGGCCUGGACAGAAUCUUUGCUGUGGAAUAAAUUUGAAUGCAUCAGACAAGUUUGAAUUUAUUGCCUAUCCCUCCGACAUCCUUGAGUUCGAAGUAAAAGAUAAAUUUGCUAAAAGUCGACCAAUCAUUAGUCGUUUUCUAGGAAAAUUUUCUAUUCAAAUUUGCCUUCUUCUUGAUCAGUGCACUGGAUCUCCAGUUGAAUUCAACUUUAAUUUGUGCAAUAAAAAUCCAUCAGACCACGUGACUGGACAGUUUUCUUUCACUUUCACUUUAGAAAGUGGUCCAGUUGAUCCUUUUACACAUAUUCGACAGGUUCAUAAUCCUAUCUAUGCAACUGAUCUCUCAGAUUCACAAAUAACUGGGUCAUCCGUCCCUAAUACACCUCAACAUAUUGUACUCUCUAGUCGUUCAGCUCAAAUGCAAAAUGGUAAUUUAUCAGGAAAUGGUUCAAGUCAUUCAGUGAGUGGUUCAUCACGUGCUGAGCCAAUUAGAAGAGACAGUCAACCUAGAAAUAUUAGAUCUGGUUCAGAUCAAAACAUUAACAGCAUUGCAGCUGCUCCUCCAGUUCGAAGAGCAUCUCAAGUAUCAGUUUCUCGUCUCUCUGUGCCAUCUAUACCAACAACAUUUACCACUAGUAAUAACAGUGUUUGUAGCGGUGGCUCUUCCUCUGUGGCCUUUACUAAUAUGGAAUACGUGCUUCAACCUGCAGCAGACACUACCAACAGUAUUGAUUCAUCUCCUAAUCCUACCCCUGUUAAAGAAAUGGAUAUUCCUCCGCCACUUCCUCCCAAACAAAAAUCUUCUAAAAGUCAUCGACCCCUUGAACGAUCUAAAGCCCAUUUACUUGGGCCUGGACCGUCAUCACAAGAGGGGUCAUCUGUUGCUAGAACUGAGGGUUUAGAUUCUAGUCAUAUGUCUUCUCAGAAACAUAAACAUACAAAACCUGAAGAUAGCUUCCUUUUAGAAAUUGUCGAUACUGAUGAACAGAAUGAUGGUACUGAUGAUGAUGCCACACCAUGUCUUGAAAAUACUGAGACUGGUACCACUUUAACUUCAUCUGCAUCAGUGCCUCUUAUAAGAGAUUCUAGUCCUCCACCUCCAGCUUUGCCUCAAAGAACUUCUAGUGGUGCAUCUCGGCCUAUGGCCUUAGCAGUUCAUCCAAUUGGGUCAGAUGCCUUUAGUGAUGGUCAUUAUAUUAAUCAAACCCAAGCACGUAAUGAACAUCCGCUUAACCAACGAACAGCUCCCUUAGCAACUCCUGAGCAUGACUCCAUCCAUGAAGGUGGUCCAUCUUUAGAAAAUAUAAAUGAAGCUGUAAAUUUUGAAUGUGGCGAUACACCUAUUUUAAAUUAUUCAGAAUUGGAACCUAGCAUGGAUGUAUAUAGUUCUUCAGAUUUGGACCAUGAGACUUACCUCAGUUUAAGUGAAGCAAGUGACUUGGCACGUGUGGCAAGUUCAAUGGAUCAUAUGAGCUCAGAUUUUGGUGAUUUAAACCUAGACAAUGAUGAAAUACCGGGAAGUUAUAGUGUGUGUGUGCCUGGCAUUGCUACUCCGCCGUGCAGCAGCCCCUCAUCCCAAACUCUUAGUGCCAGUGAAAAUGAAGAGCCGCCGGGCGGUGGAUGUAGUGGUCAUAGAAACGGUUCCUAUGGAUCGGAUUCCGAUUCUGGUGAUGGUGAAAAUGUGCUUGCUUAUCCUGAUGCUAUUGCACAAGAACCGUCCUUGCCGAGUUGUGCUACGACCCCAGACAUGCCUUCGAUCUCUAGGACUGGCAUGCAUUGUAGUACCAGUUCUCUAAGUUUGUUAUCAACACCAGACAGUGUUCAGACACCAGUAUCCCCUGGCUUGAUCGUCAGUCCUGCUAGUGAUGAUCUUAGUCCAGUGAGUCCAACAGAUGAAACAUCAGAUGAUGGUCCAUCACCAUUGAGGACAUCUCCUUCUUCUGAGGAACGAGACAGCACUGUGUCUUCUCGCUUAAAUAUGACAAACCAUUUGGCCUAUAUCAGACCUGAUUCAGAAUUAUGGGUUCAAAGACGCAAUUCUUUAGGCAAUAUGGCAACGAGGUCCUUGAGCUUCUCUGCUGGCAGAGAUUCAUUGCAGGUUGCUACCUUGCAACAUCUUCCUACCACUCGUUUGCCUUCUAUUCCUGAAAGAACAAUUAGAUACCAGAGGGUUGAUCUUGAGGAACCACUGCCCCCUCAUUGGGAAGCUCGUGUAGAUAGCCAUGGUCGUAUUUUUUACAUUGAUCAUUUAAAUCGCACUACUACAUGGGCGAAACCAACUACAUCCACUUCACAGCAAUUGACACUUGGAACAGCUAGUGAAUUACAACGUCAGCAACUUGAUCGCAGGUAUCAGAGUAUUCGUAGGACAAUAACAUCACGUCCCCAUGAGGAUACCGCAGCAAAUACAACUCCUGCCUCUUCUUCAACAACAACAGUGCCUUCCUCAUCCAGCCCAGAAAAUCAAAGGGUUUUGAUUAUGCGUUCACCCGCUGUCCGUUUUUUGACACGUCCAGACUUCUUAAAUGUUCUUCAUAUGAAUGAUGAAGCACUUGCUGUAUAUAACAGAAGUUCUUCUUUGAAGCAUAUGAUAACUAAAAUAAGAAGGGACCCUACUGGAUUUGAAAGAUAUCAACAUAACCGAGACUUGGUGGGCCUUUUAAAUAAAUUUGCUGAUACAGCUCGAGAUUUACCUAGAGGUUGGGAAACUAAGUUGGAUAGAGGCGGAAAACAAUUUUUCAUCGACCACACCACUCGUAGUACAACUUUUAUUGAUCCAAGAUUACCAAUUGAUACGCCAUUUGUAAAUCCAAAUAAACUACCUGUGCCUCUUGCUAGAAGAAGGAGCAGAAGUGCUGGAGAAGAAGAAAUAAGGCCUGACACUAUAUCUAGACCACAACCAUUAACUACUACUUCUACAACAACCACCACCACCACUACUGCAACAACCAAUCAAGGUCCUGUGCCUCCACCAAGACCUGCUACAAGUUCAUCUACGACAGUGCCUCAUGUUGUCCCCCAUGUGCCAACUGCAUACAAUGAUAAAGUUGUAGCUUUUCUACGUCAGCCAAAUAUUAUGGAUAUACUGAAGGAGCGCCAUCCAAUCAUAGCAUCUAAUCAAGCUUUGCGAGACAAAGUGAAUGCUGUAAGAGCUGAUGGAACAGCUGCAAUAGAGAGAUUUAGUCAUGAUAUUGAUUUAACUAUCGUACUGAGUUUGUUUGAACAAGAAAUUAUGUCAUAUAUUCCUGCACAGUUCGUUGCAAAUAAUGGCAGUAGUAGUAGUAGCAGCAGCCACCGUUCGCCUCGAACGUCGCCUCAGCCCUCACCGCAAGCUUCUCCUGGCUUACAGCGAGCAAAUGUACGUGCCCCUGCUCCUUACAGACGAGACUUUGAAGCCAAACUCCGUAAUUUCUAUAGGAAGUUAGAAUCAAAGGGUUAUGGUCAGGGUCCUGGUAAAAUGAAACUGAACAUUCGAAGGGAUUAUCUUCUUGAAGAUGCCUUUACUAAACUUAUGGCUGCUUCCAAAAAAGAUUUACAAAAAUCUCGACUUUAUAUUAGUUUUGCUGGUGAAGAAGGGCUGGAUUAUGGUGGACCCUCUCGUGAAUUCUUUUUCCUGUUAUCUCGAGAACUGUUCAAUCCUUAUUAUGGCUUAUUUGAGUACUCUGCUAACGAUACUUACACUGUACAAGUAAGUCCAAUGUCUGCUUUUGUUGACAAUCAGCACGAAUGGUUCCGAUUCAGUGGUCGAGUGUUGGGUCUGGCGCUAGUACAUCAAUAUCUCCUGGAUGCUUUCUUUACAAGACCAUUUUACAAAGCCCUCUUAAGAUUGCCUUGUUCAUUGAGUGAUUUAGAAUAUUUGGAUGCAGAGUUUCACCAGUCUCUGUUGUGGUUGAAGGAGAAUGACAUAUCGGACAUGGGUCUGGAUUUGACAUUUUCUGUCACUGAAGAAGUUGCCGGUCAAAUAGUGGAGAAGGAGCUGAAGACGAAUGGGAAGAAUGUUGGAGUAGCUGAAAGAAAUAAAAAGGAAUACAUCGAAAGGAUGGUGAAAUGGAGGCUAGAAAGAGGAGUCGCAGAACAGACAGAAUCUCUUGUUAAAGGAUUCUAUGAGGUUGUUGAUCCACGUCUUGUGUCAGUGUUUGAUGCCCGUGAAUUAGAACUUGUUAUUGCUGGUACUGCUGAAAUAGAUAUUUGUGAUUGGCGCAAGAAUACAGAAUAUCGAUCAGGUUAUCAUGACAAUCAUCCUGUCAUACAAUGGUUUUGGCUUGCAAUUGAAAAGUUUGAUAAUGAAAGGAGGCUUAGAUUGUUGCAAUUUGUCACUGGUACUUCGAGCGUACCGUAUGAGGGUUUUGCAGCUCUUCGUGGUAGCAAUGGUCCACGUAGGUUUUGUAUAGAAAAAUGGGGAAAACCAACUAGCUUACCAAGAGCUCAUACCUGUUUCAACCGUUUGGACCUUCCACCAUAUACUUCUUAUGAGAUGCUUUAUGAAAAACUUUUAUUGGCAGUUGAAGAAUCCAGCACAUUUGGUAUAGAGUGAUUUCCUUUUUAGCAUAACUGAACAAUCAAAUUUCAUAAAUGCUUUGAUCAAAAGCUACUUGUUCAAAUGGUAAAAGAGGGCUCCGUGUUGGCUGCCACUGCUUCUCUUGCCGUGAAGCGAUUACGUGCUUGCAAAUUGUCAACUCGUGCUCGACAAUCGAUGAAAUGCAGUUACCGGAAUCAAAAAAUAAAUAAUUCCUGAUGAUUGUGCUGCUUCUUCACCAGCUCACUAUGUGCGAUGAAAUGAAACUCUUUUUUUUUCUUUCUAUUGAAAAUAAACAAAAUAUUGCCUUCUCUCUUUCUUACCCUCCAGUUUUUGUCAGUCAUUACUGCAGUCACUUUGCCUCAAAAUUUAAGUAUUACCUGUCGUCGCAAAGUAAAACACUUCUGUGGUCUUUGCGAUAUCGCAUUUUAAUAAAACUAGCAAAGUGGUGGAUACAGGUGGAAAGCGAUAGGAAACUUCAAGUUAGUUGGCAUGAUCAUCUUUUUUACGAGUAACUCUUUGCUAGCACUGCCUAAUGCCUUCUUUAUUACCCUUAGAUCUUUGAUUAGUCAUGUUUUACCAUUCUUCUGCAUCUUUAAAAAGGAAUGAAAUGUCCUCACUGAAUCAGAAGAGUUUUGUCUAUGAAGAUAGUUUAGAGUGUCGUUGUUGGAGUUACGUUUAAAGGAAAGCUUUACGUUGAUGAGCUGUCAGAGAAUCAAAAGUUUUGAUGUGCUACUUACAUUUGUGUUUUUGUAUUGUUCUUUCGAAACAUGAAGAGACACCUAAAUUGUUACUAUUGCAAAUCACUUGCAAAGUGUGUUUAUAAAAGGUGUGCAAGAGCAACUAUAUGAAUAUUUGAUGCCCAAAAAUAUUUAUUGAAGAAAGAUAAUUAUCUGUAACACUGCUUUUGGCCUGCAGAGUUGAGUGUUACUUCCAUUUCUCUGUAACAGUAGUGGACUAAAUACUGCUAACCGCUCAACCACUCAGCAUGGUAGAAGCCGCCUGACUGUAGUUACUGUUUUCGCAAAGCUUCAACAUCAUCAUUACUAACUGCUACAUCUGACCAGUUAUGUCAAUGUGUACAUAUUGUGCUCGUCUUCAUUAAGCUUUGAUAAAAUGUAAUCACGGGUUUUCGAUACUUAUCAUUCUAAGGGAAACUUGAUCAUUAAGCAUUAACCAUCACAAAUACUUCAUUGCAUACAGCAAAGGCAUGUUCAGCUUGUACUAAUGGCAUAAGCUGUGUUAAUAUUCAUCUAGACUUUUGUAAUUUAGAAAUUAGAUUCCUUCAUUUUUAUCAACAAUUGUUUUUCAAUCAAUCAAGCACUGUAAAGUUUAUAGGUUGACUUGGCGUAAUAGUGUUGAAACUAAAAAUAGAUUUCUGUGGGAAAAACAUUAAAAAUCCUUUAACUUUCCUAUGCUACAUAAUUUUUUAUUAAAAAACAAUUACAAUUCUCUAGUAAAUUAUAUUUAUUAUUUAGAAAUUAUAAUAUAUAUUUAUUUGUGGCUAAUUUAAUAAAUGACAAUAAAAAUGGUUCAGAAGUACAUCGAAUUGGAACUUUGUAAGAGAAAAAAAUUUAAAAAAAAUAUAUUGAUCCAACUAAACUGGAUCUUAAAAUUUAAGGCUUUAAAAUUGUACAAAAUAAAGCAUUUUUUCCAUAGAAAAGUUUAAUUUCCUAUCAUUAGUAUUAGCUAAAAAAUAACACUUUGCAGUCCUUGUACAAUUGUCAUAAUGAAUAUUGGCAAGCACACAAUGAAUAUCUAUCUUGUUAUAACUAAAACCUUUUUGUUAAUAAAAUACCAUUAUAUCAAGAAUUUUAAUAAACCAGCUAUAGAACAGAUUUUAUUAAAUAUAUAAAAUAUUUAUCAAAAAUGUAAACAAUUUGAUAGAUCGUUUCCAUUUCUUUUGCUUUUUUUUAAUACUGAAUCAAGUGAAUUUUGAUAAGAUGUAACUAAAAUGUAGGUGUUAUAAUUAUUAUAAACUGAUUAAUUACUAACUAAACUAACUACUAAAAAUUACUAACUAAACUUAAGAAUUCCAAGAUGUAAGAGAAUAAUUUUUUUAAGCGUUCGAAUUGUGUUAUAGUGUGUAGAGUAUUAAGAAGCUUUAAUGUUUUUAUUAUUGACAUAGCUGCAUUCUAAUGAAGCUACUUCUUUUUUACCAAUUCUUUAUGCUUAUGUAAAUAUUUGUUAUUAAAAGACAGUAUUUAAGAAGUUUUCAUUUAUGUGUCUCUUGACUUAAAAAUUCUUGUAAUUGUUUUUUUCAAAGCGCCAGUUAAAGUAUUAUUAAAUUACUUUUUAUGCAAAAACUAAGAAAUGGAGAUAUUUAUAUUGUCACUGUUAGGAAUUUUUAAAAAUUGAAAUUUUCUAAAUUUCCAGAAAUAAAUAAAAAAAAUGUGUGCAUUUAUAAAAGUUUUUUUUUAUUUUUGCCCUCUUUAUACAAAAGUCAACUACCAUAUAUUUUAACAGAUAUAGAUUAAAUAAUCAAAUAUCAUUAAAAAUGAGUAUAAUGUGUAUCAAUUGAAAAAAAUAAUGUUUUAUGUUACCUUUAGAAUGAAACAAUAUCUAAUUUCCCCCCUCCUUUUUUUGCUUCGUUUUGGAGCAUUUACUUAAAUAAAUAUAUAAGACACAGUUUUAGCAAUUCAAAAAAAAGAAUAAAGAAGAAAGAAACUGUUGAAAUCUAUAGUUAUCUAUAAACUACUUGCAUUAAUAUUAAUAACUUUAAAAAAAAAAGUUAAAAAAAUAUUUUCUUUGUAUUUAUGAUGUUUAUUUCUUAUUGAUAGACAAUUUAAUCUUCUUUUCCUUGAUAAAAUUUAGAAUGUUAUAUCUUGUUCUCACAAGAUAAAACAGUUUGGAUUUUUACUUGCAAGGCUUGACUUGCAUAAAAGCUGAAUGUGCCUUUAACUGUAACUAAAAAACAAAGGUGAGAUUAGCGUGGUGUUAAGUGAGUGAUUCAGU